GUGGGCAGACCCUGGCCUCCUCAGGAAACCUCUGGGAGCCUGUUUUCUCAAAUCGUUCCACUUUCGAACAUGUGGAAAUGAAUGGAAGACUUGGCCCGCCUGAAAGGCCGAGAGCUGUAACUGGAGUCUUAUCCAUCUCGUCCAGGACGUGAAGCUGAGUCGGUGAGGAGGCAAAGGCCGGGACAACCACUCGGAGUAGCAGGAUGAUUCGGUGAGGGUGGCGCUUCCAGGAAAGGGGCGUGGCUUUGCUCCGAGCCUGGCUCCGCCUCCUCUAUUUACGCCUCACGUGCUCUUCCCCUAUGGUCACGACCCCGCCCUCUAGAAUAAGACCGUGGACGUUGGCGAGGGGGAAGUGCCACUGCCCGGCCUUCCCGGAGAACCGGGAGCUCAGAGGGGGAGGGGAGGAUGGCGCAGUGCGCAGGCGUGAAGGACCACUUCCGCGGGACGGCGCGAGCGGAAAGGGAAGUGAGCGCUGGACCCGGCUGGCCGUGUCCGGGGCCCUGAGGGAGGAGGAGCCGAGAGUGGGAGAGACCUGCUAUUCCCAAAGAUGGCCUAACAUGAGGAAGCCCUGCCAGGUGGGAGCCAGCUGUGAUAUCGGAGAUGGAAACAGACUCUACUAUCCCAAUCUGGCAGAACAAACCACAUGGGGCUGCUCGAAGCGUAGUGAGGAGGAUUGGGACUAACCUCCCCUUGAAGCCAUGUCCUCGGGCAUCCUUUCAGACACUGCCCAACAUCUCGGACCUAUAUCUGAGUGAUGUGCCCCCUGUCCCUACUUUGGCUGAUAUAGCCUGGAUAGCAGCAGAUGAAGAGGAAACCUAUGCUCGAGUUAGGAGUGACACCCGACCCUUGAGGCAUAAGUGGAAGCCUAGCCCACUGUUCGUCAUGCAGCGCAAUGCCUCAGUGCCCAACCUUCGAGGGCAGGAGGAAAAGCUCCUGGCCCUAAAGAAGCCUGGUCUACCAGCCCUAAGCCGAACUACCGAACUACAAGAUGAGCUAAGCCACCUACGCAGCCAGAUUGCCAAGAUUGUGGCAGCAGAUGCAGCUUCGGCUUCAUUAACGCCAGAUUUCUUAUCUUCAGGAAGUUCAAAUGUCUCUUCUCCCUUACCUUGUUUUGGAUCCUCAUUCCACUCUACAACUUCCUUUGUCAUUAGUGACAUCACAGAGGAGGCUGAGUUAGAAGGCCCUGAGCUUCCAUCGGUUCCCAUGCUUUGUUCUGCCAGCUCUGAAUGUUGCAAACCUGAUUCCAAAGCUGCCUGCAGCUUGGCUGAAGAUGAGGACUGUGUGUCUCUCUCGAAGGCUAGCAGCUUUGCAGACAUGAUGGGCAUCCUGAAGGAUAUUCACCGAAUGAAGCAGAGCCAAGACUUGAAUCGGAGCUUGAUGAAGGAAGAAGACCCUGCUGUCCUCAUUUCAGAGGUGUUGAGGAGAAAGUUUGCUCUGAAGGAAGAAGAUAUCAACAUGAAAGGAAACUGAUGGCCCUUUCUGUGGAGCCCUAUAUAUGAUAUGGCCCUUUCUCUAUUAUAAGCUGUCUCACAGCAGAUACUUCUGCCUUGCAGUUGGAAAUAUCCUUCCACAAUGGAAAACACUGACAGGCUAGAAAUGGGGCGGAGAUUGAAAAUCCAAACUGCUUCCCCACACUUCAAAUCUUAGCAAAACUUUUAAGGACAGUGUUCUAAGCAUAGUUUUUGAGUUGAGGGUUUGCAGAUAAUCAGUCAUUCUGCUUUGGUUGUUUUCUGUUGAAAGAAAUGGGAGUUUUAGUUUUCUUCGCCGUGUGAAAAUAGGCCCCAGACUGAUGACUAGCUUCACUGCACUAUCUAUCCAGCUCCUGGUCUCACUGGGCACAUGCAGUACGUUCCUCAGACUCGGCUGCUUCCUUGCAGAGGGUCAGGGUGUUGGGGACUCACGGCAGUCAUAAGCCAACAUUUGCCCCCUGCCCUCAUGCACCAACAUCAAGCUGUGCUCAGGUCUCCUAUACAUCCCAGAGCUCCAGCUUUACGAACAGGCUGCUGCUGGCAGGCCAGGGCUAUUUUUUUUUUCUUCUUGAACACAUUUUGUAAUACUGUAAAGAAACUAAAUCCUUCCACUAUCCCCCCAGGAUCCUUGUGGCCUCAUUGUCAUGGCAUUGAUGUCUUAUUCCACUACCAUUGAGGGAUCUCAGCAGGAAAGAGGAAGAAGGGAGGGGGCUUGCUUCAUUCAUUUGGGGCCACUUUUUCCCAUAUCUGAACCCAUUAGGUCAUGCCACAAGUCCUCACCCAACACACAAUGCAUGACCCAACCUUCCUUGGGACCUCCUUCAGUAAAGGUGUGUGCACAUGUGUGUGUGGUGUGUUUGGGUUGAAGCACUACCUGGCAUUAAAGAAAAAUUUUGAGUGGUUA